AUGGAUUAAUAAAAUGAUGGCGAAAUCAAUUUAGGAAUUGAAGUUCAAGUGUGUGAUCCUAUAGUAAAGAAAGAUGGUCUUAAAAAUUAUGUAGUUUACACACUUAAAGGUUCUGAUAAAGAUGGCUAAUUUGAAGUAGUUCGUCGAUUCAAUGAAUUUGAUUGUUUUAGGUAUAAUUUAAAUAAUAUUUAGAACAACUCUUCAAAUACGAUGGCCUGGAUGUUAUAUUCCACCAUUACCAAUCAAGAAACCAGUUGUAAGUGUUCUAAUUUUAUCAAAAGGGAAAUAUGGAUUAAAAGUUUAUUGAUGAAAGAAUGCAUUAUCUUAAUCUCUUUAUGAUGAAGAUGGCAACCAUCCAUCAUUUAUGGUAUUCUGAUGAAUGUAAACUUUUCAUUAAAGGUAAUGGUGAUAUUGAAAAAGUAUAUAUAUUCAUAUUAUCUUUAGUAAUUACUAGCAUAAUAAAAACCAACUCCAGGUGAUAUCAUUUAUAAAUAUGAAACAGUAUUCAAAGAUUUUUCAGGAAAAGAAAUUAAUGAUCAAUUACUAUCUAAGAUUGGGAAUUUCUCUAUGUUCUUAAAGAGGAUUCAACCAUAAUUAGAAACAUUUUAAUAAUAAGCAAAAUUACUUGUUUAAUCAAGGUAGACAUUUUUAAUAUUUAUACUAGAAUUCAAUGUUAAGAAAAUAUGAAUCUUUUAUUAGAUUAUUUAAUGCCAGAAUAUGAAAAGAAUUGUUUAACUGAAUAUGUUGUAAAUCCUGAAAAUAAACUUGUAUUUGUUUAACAUAAUACAGAGUUAUACUAAUAAUAUGUUUUAACAUUUAUAAUUAUUAGCGAACAGCAAAUGAAAAGAGUGCUAUUGAUAAUUUUGCAUUGUCUAUUAAAAUAGAAACAAGAGAUAUUGAUGCUGUUCUUGAAGCUAUAUAAUCAAGAGAUAAAUAUGAAUAGAUUAAAUAAAAUUAUUUGACUAAAUUAUGUAGUUUAAGCAAUGAGAAAAAAGACAUUGAAAAUGGUAAAACUACAUUAAAAUCUUUUUUCAAUUCAAAUAAAGAAGAAUUCAUAUAAAAAACAUAGUAAUAAAUUGAUAAUGUAAAUCUAUUCUAAUACAUAUUCACUAGGUUUAAAAAGAGAUUGAAUAAUUGACUAUUUUAUGUGAUAUGAUAACUAUUAUAAUAGGGUACUUUAUUUUACCAAGAUACAAAGUAUAUUUUCUUAUAGAUUUAUUUUAAGUUAGAAAAAGAGAAAAACUAUUACUAAUUAUUAAAACAAAUGGCACAGCAUCAUGUUCAUAAAGCAUAAGCAGAAAGAAACUAUUGGUUAGAUUUAGAUAAAAAUCAAAUGUUCAUGGAAGUCUGA